GGUCCGAUGUCGUUUCGGGCAAAGCAAAGAAAGAGCCACCUGGAACGAUGCCGUCUCAACUAAAGGGUUCGAAGAUGGUCGAAACGUCGUCGUAGCUGGCAACCAAGACUGAAGAAGAUCAAGACGUCGUCAUUGUGCCCUGAAGCCACAACGUCUCUUUCAUUUGCUCAGCUUGUGUUCCCUCCUUGCUCUGCAUUUUCGUACUUCUUCCCUAUCAUUUUACAGCUAGACCUCUUUACCUGUAAUGCACAAACUAUGUAUAUAAGAUCAAACAGAAUCAAUGAGAAGACAAGUUUAGGGUUUUCAAAGAAUACAUGUUGUUAUGGUAUCAGAGCAACCCUAGUCGCCGCUAUACAAUGGCAACAAUACAAACACCAGAUCCCAUCGCAGAUCCUUUCUAUCUCCAUGGUUCUGAGCAACCUGGACUUCUUCUGGUAGGUGAGAAGCUGACUACCACCAAUUACAAUGACUGGAGCAAGGCGAUGCUCAAUGCUCUGGCCUCCAAGAAUAAGCUUGGCUUUAUCAAUGGCACCAUCCCUUCCCCUGACCCCACUGAUGCUGUGUUCUCAUCUUGGAGUCGAAAUAACAUCAUGGUCCUCAGCUGGAUUCAACAGGUUGUUGACCAUGGUAUCAAGAAAACUAUUAUGCCUUCCAAGCUCGCAUUAGAAGCAUGGAAUAGCCUCAAGGCUCGUUAUGGUCAAGGUGACAUGAUCCGCGUUGAUGAGCUGAUUGAGUCCAUUGGCACGCUGAAAAAAGGUAACCAAACUGUGACUGAAUAUUAUGGAAAUCUUAUUGCUCUCCAAGAUGAGCUUGACAACUAUCAACCCAUCAAUCCUUGUCGUUGCACAGCUACUAGUUCUGCUGAUUGUGCUGCUAUGAAUGCUGUUAUUGGCUAUCAUGAUGUCAACUCUGUUAUCCAGUUUCUUCGAGGUCUCAAUGAUAAUUAUGUCACUAUCCGUUCCCAAGUGUUAUUUGGAGACACUCUCCCUCCAAUUGAUAGGGUUUUUCAGAGGGCUUUGCAACAUAAACGCCAACUCUAUGGCACUCAACAAGGCAAAACUAUAACUGGUGAAAGUUUAGCCUUUACUGCUCAGGGUCCCAAACGCCCUUUCACUUCUUUCAAACGUCCCCAUUGCACCUUCUGCAACACUCCAGGCCACAUUGAAGAAACAUGUUAUCACAAACACGGUUGGCCACCAGGCCUGUCAUCAAGAGGUUCUUCUAUGAACUCAAACCCAUCAACCAAACCCCCAGAAUGCACAUUUUGAUUGGGAAUGCUGAAGAUAAAUGCUUAAAGAAGCAUGGUUACCCCCAUCCUCUCAAGCCAAACACCUUCCACCCGCCCCAGAAUAAUUAUCAAUGUCACUGACAGUGGCCCUUCUUCAAAUUCCCAACUUGAAUUCAAGCUUACCAAGACUGAUUAUGACAGGCUGAUGGCUCUUAUGACUGAAAAUCUCAAGGGCAAACAGUCUUAAUCUUCUGCAGACUUGACCACACAUUAUGAGCCUGAAUCUUCAGGUAACCAUUCUUGCUACCUUCUGAACAAUAGCAUUUCUGCUACUCCAUGGAUUCUUGACACAGGGGCAAUUGACCACAUAGUCAGUUCACUCACUUUCUUGCAUACAUUCAAAAAGGUGGAUCAUAUUUACAUAAAGUUACCUAUUAGAGAUAGAGUUCAUGGCACUCACAUUGCCCAAGUACAUUGCCUCAAUGGUUUGAUCCUUGAGGAUGCCUUAAUUGUUCCAAAAUUUACCUUCAAUCUUAUCUCAGUAAGCAAGUUAACCACCACCAGACCUCUGUGCUUAACCUUCUCUUCUGACUCUUGCACAAUACAUUACCUGUAGCUGAAGAGAGUGACUGGUUCUGCUAAGCUUUUCCAUGGCCUUUUCCAUAUCAACCUAAACCUAGCUAGCAUCCCUAACCACAUCAUAGCUGCUAUUAGUUCACCUUCUCUAGACAUUUGGCAUUUCAGACUUGGCCAUGUUUCCCACAUUCGAAUUCCUCCAUUGAAUCAACUUUGUACAUCCAUAGAAACCAACAGCAGCCUACCUUGUGAUGUUUGUGAUUUUGCCAAACAAAAGAGGCUUCCUUUUCCUUCAAGUUCAACUGUAACUAUACACUGUUUCCAACUUAUUCAUGUUGAUAUUUGGGGCCCCUAUUCUUAUCCUACUUAUGAUGGUUUUAAGUACUUCUUAACCAUUGUAUAUAAGCAUUCCAGGAUGACUUGGAUCAUCCUCCUCUCCUCAAAGGGUGAUACCAGAACAGCAAAACAGGCAUCACACAUGAAAUGUCUUGUGUGGAAAUUCCACAACAAAACAGCAAAGUUGAACGUAAACACCAACAUUAUCUAGCUAUUGCUAGGGCCCUCAAAUUCCAAGCCAAUCUACCAAUUGGUUUAUGGGGCGAUUGUGUUAAACACGCAGUGUUUCUAAUCAAUCGAGUCUCCACCCUAGUCCUAGCCAAUCUUACACCAUUACAAAAAUUAUACAACAAGCCACCUGCCCAACAAGAUUUGAAAGUCUUUGGCUGCCUCUAUUAUGCCUCCACUCUCAAAAAUCACAUAACCAAAUUCCAAUAGAGAUCCUGAAAAUGU